AUGUCCUCCUCCGUCUGCCCCGUAGUUGGCACUACUAACGACGUCCUCCCUCCAAAUCACCCUGAGGUCGAUCUUGCCAAAGAUGGCCAAACCUGCCCUGUCGUAGGAGCCACCACCGACCAUCAUCACAACCUCCACAAGCAUCCUGCGGUCCCGAUCGAGGGCUCCUCUCCCACCGCAACAGCAUGCCCUGCACUCAAGACAGUGGUCAACCAACCGAAGAGUAAGGCCAUGGACGACGAAGUCUGCCCCGUCAUUGGCCCCGCUACCACCGUUCUUCCACCAGAUCAUCCAAGCACAGCCGAUGCUAAGGAAGGCGACGUAUGUCCAGUCACCAAGGCCACCAUCGCGCACCACAAGAACAAGGUUCAUUCACACCCAAGCGUACAAGGUGCUGAGGCAGGAGCUGUGUGCCCCGUUGCUGGAGUUAGAAUUUGA